CAAGGAUGCCAACCCCCAACUCCUCCACUUCUUCAGCCAAAGGCUUCCGCAGGGCGGUGUCAGAGCUGGACUCCAAGCAAGCUGAGGCCAUCAUGUCUCCACGAUUCAUCGGUAGACGGCAGAGCCUCAUUGAAGAUGCAAGGAAGGAGAGAGAAGCUGCAGCAGCAGCAGCAGCCGCCACCGCCACUGAUGCUGCAGAGUCCACAGAAACAAUUGUCUUUGAGGAGAAAGAUGGGAAGGCCAUGUUGAACCUUUUCUUCAUGCUUAAGGGAGUGAAGACUUCAUCGCUAUCUCAUGCACUUAAAGUGUUUGAGACAUUUGAAGCUAAAAUUCACCACCUGGAGACAAGGCCCAGCAGGAAGCUUCGGACAGGGACCACUGAGCUGGAAUAUUUUGUACGGUGUGAAGUCCAUAGCUCCGAUGUUAGCACUCUCAUGAGCUCCAUCAGAAGGAUGUCAGAAGAUGUGAGGCACACCAAGGAAGACAAGUUUUACUGGUUUCCAAGAAAAAUCUCUGAACUGGACAAGUGUCACCACUUGGUCACCAAGUUUGACCCAGACUUGGAUUUGGAUCACCCGGGAUUCUCUGACCAAGCAUACCGGCAGCGAAGGAAAAUGAUAGCAGAAAUUGCCUUCCACUAUAAGCACGGGGAGCCAAUUCCUAGAGUGGAGUACAGGGCAGAUGAGAUAGCUACAUGGAGGGAGGUUUACACCACACUGAAGAGUCUGUACCCAACUCAUGCCUGCAAAGAGCACCUGGAGGCCUUUCACCUGCUAGAGAGAUUCUGCGGCUACAGCGAGAACAACAUUCCUCAACUGGAGGAUGUCUCCCGCUUCCUGAAAGAGAGAACUGGGUUCCAGCUCCGACCUGUGGCUGGUCUGCUGUCUGCACGUGACUUCCUAUCCAGCUUGGCCUUCAGGGUAUUCCAGUGCACACAGUACAUCCGCCAUGCAUCCUCACCCAUGCACUCCCCAGAGCCGGACUGUUGUCACGAACUUCUGGGGCACGUACCGAUGCUAGCCGACAGGACGUUCGCACAGUUCUCCCAGGAUAUUGGACUGGCAUCGUUGGGAGCCACUGAGGAAGAGAUUGAGAAACUUGCAACACUCUAUUGGUUUACAGUGGAGUUUGGGCUCUGCAAACAGAAUGGAAUAAUCAAAGCUUAUGGAGCUGGGCUCCUCUCCUCCUAUGGGGAGCUGAUACACUCCUUGUCGGACGAGCCAGAGGUCCGGAACUUUGAUCCAGAUGCUGCUGCUGUUCAGCCCUACCAGGAUCAGAACUAUCAGCCAGUGUAUUUUGUAUCUGAAAGCUUCAAUGAUGCCAAAGACAAACUCAGAAGCUAUGCUGCUCGCAUCAAGCGACCCUUCUCAGUGAAAUACGAUCCAUACACCCACAGCAUUGAGCUCCUGGACAACUCGCAGAAGAUCCACCACUCUCUGGAGAAUGUGAGGGACGAGCUUCACUCCUUAAUUGAUGCGUUGAAUAUUAUCAGUUAAUAUGAAAACCAUGUUCUUUCUCUCCCCUCUGCCACUGGGUGCUUCGUCCUUUCACCAUCACAGAGAUGGCCCCUGCUCUGGCACUUUGCCACUGUGCUUUCAGCCAGGUCCUGGGCAAUAGUUUCAACCCAUUCUCUCUUAGGGUUUGUACUGCUGCCCACCACCAUUGUAUCCCCACGGUCAUUUAAAGACUGAUGUUUGUAUUUUGAGAUGAUCCAGUUUGAAUGGAAGAUGGAAGGGUUAAGGGCCUGAUCCAAAGCCUACUGAAGUCACUGAGAGUCUUCUUAUUGCCUACCAUGGGCUUUGGGUCAGUCCCCAAUACAGUGUCACACUACAGUCAUUAUACGUGAGCUGUGGGUCAUAGACUUAAGUGCAAUUAAUGGAAUUAAGGGCAUAAGAAGUCAGGAGUCUAUUACAAAUAUUGGACAUAAGGGAUUUUUCAUUUAAGAUCCCACAGGAAACAUGUUCAUUUAAUUAAAAAAAAAUUCCAAUAGCAGCUUCAUGAAGAAGCAACUGCCCUGUAUUAAAUCCCCCUUGAGGGCAAAAAGGCUUCUAAGUAAAUCCUACCAGCUCUAGGUCCUCCCAGGUGGAAGUGAACUCCUGAGCUAUAUUAACCACAACCAGCACUCCAGAACUGGAGCAGACUUCUGAGUAAACUGAACUCCCAAUGUGGAGUGACCUUCUUGGGCCUAGUAGCCAGUUUUAUAGAUCCUUAGCCCCACCCCUAAUAGAAUCUGGCCAAUAAGCCCUUUCCAUCCUACCCAAAAUGGAGUCUCACAGCUAGUAGCAAAGAGUCUUUUCUAGCUCCAAGGAAAACUGCAUCAACACGUUAGCCCAAGCUAUAAAUACUUAAAAUAUAUUUUCCCUAGGAUAAAGACAAUUAGAAGGAGGGCAGGAAAAACCAACCCUUCAGUGGAGCUCUGUUUUCCUACCUUCCAUUGGGACUCAUUAAGGAGUUUUAAUGCAAACACCACACAUCACCCAUUUAACCUAUUCUCAGACUUACUCUGAGGGGGCCUCCAUGCUCUGCUUGCUCAGUUACAGAGAGAUAAUAACCCAAAAGGCUAUGCUAGUCUUCAUUCUACCAGUGAGGGUACUCAUUCCAACAGGGAGGAGUUUAAUUAUUUUACAUUGUUCAACUACAGGAAACAACUAAAUAUAUAUAGUUACUGCAGCUGCAUUGUCCCAUUUCUCUCCCCUCCCAGCAAGCAAGCAGGCUGGGUAAGGAGAACAUCCAGGGGUCGAAGGUGCCUUAGCAGGAGUGUCUUUGAUUCAGCAAAGUACUUAAGCACGUGCUUAACGUUAAGCACGUAGGUAAUCCCAUCAGUGGUAAUCUUUGUAUUGACUUCAGUUGUGUUGGAUAACACCCACCAUGAAAUUACUCAGGUGCUUAAAGUUAAGCAUGUUCCUAAGUGCUCUGUGGGCCCAGAUCUGGAAGCUACAGUGCCAUUUCCCCAGACUUCAUGACAUGUGCAGGCAGUUUGUAUAAAAAUGACCUGGAGAAUGAACGAGCAACUGGUCACUGUUUUAACUCUCCUUUAAAUGAAGCAUGCUGGGAGUAGGAGUUCUGGGGAAGGGAAGAGGAAGAAGAUACAAAGCCUUUAUCUGAUUCAGCCUUUAGUUUAUUCACUGAUAUUCAUCAUGCCUCGAUGAAUGGUUCUCUCAUUGUU